GUAGACAUUAUUCUUUAAAUCAAGUUGAAGAAUUCAGAAUAAAAAUGCGCUUAAUUACUCUUGGCAUUCUCUGCCUCAUUUUGUCCACAAUAGAGUCAACUGUAAACGAGGAAUUAAUCAAAGGAUCUUAUGAUGAUGAUGAAUGGCCAGAUUUUAAUGUCAAAUUAUGGACAUACUCAAUUAACUCUGAUGUUAUCAUAACCAAGAAAGACAUAAAAUUCAAAACAUUAAUACCAAAAGAAUAUGUCAAAGCCAUUGAGGCUGUUGAUAUCAAAACUAUUCAGUUCCUUCCGAUCGCUGUUUAUGAAAAGUUCCCAAAUUUAGAAGCUUAUCAGUUUAGAAAUUGCUCUAUUAAGGAAAUAAGCUAUGAAAAUUUUGAAAACUUAACUGAUAUUCAAUAUUUGAAUUUAGGAUUAAAUGAAAUCUCCACGAUUCCAGCUAAUACUUUCCGUGACCUCACAAAUUUAAAGAGCUUAGAAUUAAAUGACAAUUUAUUCCAAACUAUUGAUGCACAAAGUUUUGCAGGACUUGAAAACUUGAAUUAUUUUAGUCUGCAUAAUAACCAAAUUACAUCAGUGCCAGAAGAUGCAUUUAAUUUCUUGACUGCAUUGGAAAAAAUUUCACUUGCUUACAACAAACUUGAAGCUUUAAAUGACGAGCAUUUUAAAAAUACUAAGAAAAUUGAAACAAUCUGGUUAGAAAGAAACGUGAUUAAAUCUUUGAGUCCUUCAAUGUUUGAUGGAAUGGAAUCUUUUGUGUAUGUUUCGCUGCUCAACAACACUUGCAUUGACGGACAGUACUUCUCUGAAAAUGUUGAAGAUUUAAAGGAAAAAAUUAGAAAUAAUUGUGUUUUACUGAAUUUCCUGGCACCACUGAUAAUUGUAUCAGCAAUUAAUGAAACUUUUGGUGCAAGAAUCAUAACAGGGUAUUAUGAAAAUGAGCCUUGGGAAGAUUUUAACUCAAAAUUAUACACCUUCAACACAGAUGAUGCUGUAAAAAUAUCAACAAGAAACGCUGAAGUAAAAUCACAAGCAAAAGGAUAUGUAAAAGGCUUUACUAUUGAAAACAAUGAUUAUGUAAAACACCUCCCAACAAAAAUGUACAAAACAUUUCCAAAUCUAGUUGCAUUCCUUGUUACCAACUGCCCCAUCACUCAAAUCGAGUACACGAAUUUCAAGAAACUUGUAGAACUCCGGAUGAUAGCCAUCAACUAUUCAAAUUUGACAGUGAUAGCACAAGACACAUUUAAAGAUUUAAAUAAUCUUUUGAUACUCAAUCUAGCAUUUGGAUCCAUAAAAUCAAUUGAUAAUCAAAUUUUUAAAAAUCUUGUUACUUUGAAAGACCUUAAUUUAAUGCAAAAUUAUAUCACGACUAUAUCCGACAAUGCUUUUGACAGUUUGAUUGAGCUACGAAAUCUCACACUUUGUGAUAACAGCCUCAGUAUUUUUAAUGAUGAACAUUUUAAAAAUAACAAAUUAAUUGAUUGGAUUCGGUUGGAAAAUAAUACUUUAACAUCACUCAGUUCUACAAUGUUUGACAAUAUGGAAAAUUUGUAUUUUAUUGGGCUUAGUAAUAACACGUGCAUUGAUGCUGAUUAUAACUCUGAUGAGUUCGCUGAUAUGAAGGAAAAAAUUGAAAAUGAUUGUAAAUUGUAAUUUUUUUUAUUUUUUGGGAAAUAUAAUUUGAUAUGUUGUGGC